AUGUACUAAAGGGAUAAGAGAUCAUUAUCUUAUCAGAAACCUUAAGUAGGAUAUGAUGAUAUGAGAAAUCAAUUAUAAUUACUGGAUAAAUAUAUGAAACCAACUUAUGAUGUUUAAUUACCUCAUGAGACUAGUCAAAAAAGUGGAAUCAGAUAAUCUGGCCAUUUGAAUAAAUCCUUUUAGUUUCCAAAGGUUUCUACAAUGCCAGAAGAAUAAAUAAAUGAGGAAGUAGCUCAAAUGUAACUAGCUAUAGAUUAAUAAAACUUGACUCUCAAGCGAUUAUUAAAAGAAUAAAGAGAAGUAAGAUUAUAAAUGGAUAAUAAAGAUAAAUAAAGCUUCAGUCUUUAAGUAAGAAUUAGAGAAUUUAAAAAGUCAAGUUCAAACAAUACACCUAAAACUGCCAAAACUUCCUUAAUAUGAAUAGUUAGAUGAAAUAAAACAUUAAAUUUCUUAAUUAAGAUAAUCCUUUUUCUAAUAAGCCUAACAACCUUAACAGCCAAUUAUACAACCUCCAUAGAUAAUUUAUUAAUAAAUGCCUCCUAUUCAAUAACCUCAAUAUUAUCCACCUCCUUAUCCUUAAUUUCCUCCCCCUUAUCCUCCCUUUGGAUAACAAUUUCCUCCAUAUCCACCUUAACAAUAACCAUAUUAACAACCUUUCUAAUAUAAUCCCUAUCAAUAUCCAUACUAUCAAUAACCUUAACCAUAAGAAUAGUAAUUAAAUUCAUAAAAUCCUUAAUCAGCUGCUAAAAUUAAAUUAAAAACAGCUGGAUCUCAAGCUUAAAAUUCAAGAAGAUCUAGUUAGAAAACUAUUCCUUUAGUUACAAAAAGGUCCAUCUAAUAAACUAAAUAGAGUUUUUUCUCUGAUGUAUUUUUAUUUUUAAUUUAUUUAGAAAGGAAAUAAAAAAUUAGCUUUUUAAGGAUCAAGGCUUAAAGUUAUUUUUAAUGCUGUUCGAUUAGCUAUGAGAUGGAAAAUAUAUUGCAAACCUUUAAAUAUUUUAUGGAGAAAAUUAUACAAGCACUCUGUUGAAUGUAAAGCUGUAAUCUAAAAAAUUUCAUAUCCCAUUGCUUUAAAACGUAUUAAUGACUGGUGCAAAAUGGUGUUGGCAAAAGUUGAAAAUUAUUUGACUAAAAUUAAAGAAAUAGAUUUUAUUGUAUAUUUCUUUUUUAUCAAAAGAAUCCAGAAAAACCUUUGACAGAAUAAGAAAUUGACUAAUCAUACAUGUAAUUAACAAAUGCAAUGAAAUAUCUCAUGACUAGUUUAGUUACUUAUUGUACAAAUGAUUUCAUGAUACCAGAAUUGAAAUUUUUAUCAUAUCUUCAGUUUUUUGAUUAACCAGAAAUAGAUAGAGGACUUUUUGUAGCAAGAAGAGUGUUAUUUUGGAAGGAAAAAUAAUUAGAUAUGACAAAAACUUAGUAGAUGAUGAUAGUUGGAGAUCUUGUAAUAUUAGUACAUAUUCUACCUGCUUUGAUGGAAAUUCCAGGGUAGAUAUUUAUAAUAAAAUGUAUGGUUACUCUUGUUUAAAUUCAUUUUAUGAAAUAUUUUGAUUUGAGAGUGCUCAAUAGAAAUCCAGAAUACAGAAUUAUUCAAUUAAAUUUAGUUGAUGUCAUUGAUGGGAAAUUAGUUGUCAGAUUAGAGAAAAUGGAAAAAUUUGAUGAUGAAAGAUAUAUAGUUGGAGUUUAUGAAGAAAGCUAGUUUUAAGGAUUCUAUGCUAAAAGACCUCACUUUUAAGAUGAUAUGCAAAAAGCGUUAUAUUAAAUACAUACUAAUUUAUUAUAAGCAUUAGCUGCUAAAUGA